CAAUGGACCGGCCCCUUGAGGCGUGGUGAUACCGAAGAAAAGAAGUGAGUUGUUGAAUCACAAACACCGUUACCAGCAUUCCAUCUGAGACUGACCCAGACUACACUCACCCAGCCAACAGGCCGUUGUCAUACUAACAGCAAAGUAGCACGUAAGAACAGAAAAAUGCCACAGUGGGUAAACGGCCCAGACAAGUACGAGUGCAAGUUACCUCAAGAGACACAGCUGAUGGCCUUCGAGGAACUUCGAGAAACAAAACAUGCCAGAGAUGAGUCCCUCGAGCAGAUGAGGGACUGGAUCAGAAAGAACCCGAGAAUUGCCAACUGUCGUCUUGAUGCUCGUUUCUUACUGCGAUUCCUGCGAACAAAGAAGUUCAGUGUCAUGCUGGCACAAGAAGCCCUGGAGCGUUACCUGCUUCUGAGACAAGCUUUUGCACCUGCUUUCAGAACUCUUGACUACACAGACCACACAAUGAAUGAGCUUAUUUCUAAUGGUUACCUGUUCCCUGUGCCCCAGAGGGAUCAUCUUGGACGUCGACUGAUUAUAGGAAUUGCAUCGGUAUUUGACCCCUACAAAUACACCAAUGCAGAUAUGCUGCGCGUACAUGGUAUCACUUACGAGACCCUAAUGGAGGAUGAGAUGAACCAAAUACAUGGCUACAUACACUUCGCAGAUGGGGCUGGAGUCGGGUUUCAUUACCUCACUCUCUUCACACCUAAAGAGGCUGCACGAAUCGUUAAGAAUGGAGAGCGAACACUACCAAUGCGUCAUAAGGAGGGACAUGGCAUUAAUGUUCAUCCAUCCCUUAAGUUUGCUGUUGACUUCGGUUUUUCACUCAUCCCAGAGAAGUAUAGGAAACGUAUCAAGAUUUACACCUGCAUAGAAGAUGCUCUAAAAAUUCUGGAUCCAAAAAUUAUGCCAAAAGAGUAUGGCGGUGUUAUGCCCAUGGCAGAGAUGAUUGCUCUGUGGAAAAAAGAGCUACAGGCAUCCAGAGGAAUACUACUGUCUAAUGACAAGAUGGAGGUGCAUCUCGAUAUGUACAGCGCAAAGGCACGCGAAGGAGCAGUAUCAGCUCUGAAAGAAGGUUUCACAUGCAAGAAGAACAGUGACAUGCUGGGAAUCAUGGGAAGCUUCCGUAAACUGGAGGUUGACUAACCUCACAAAGAAACUGACUCAUAAAAUUGUGAUUGUGCUUGUCCUGCACUGCACUUCAAGAGAAAUCCUCACCCAUUUACAAGGUUGAAAUUCUGUCAACUGGUUAAGAACUAAAUGACAGUGAAUGUGUUCACAACUGAAAUCAUAUCAGACUAUAAGAACAUGCUACAAGGAACACAAUUGGGGUGAAAGAGAACUAGGACAGAGAUGUAACAGUAAAUGCAGAAUGUGCACUGUAGCAGCUGGAUUUUAUCUCCAAUAUGUCUGUACUGCCUCCUGUAAUAUAGUUGAAUUUAUGCGCUGAUCAGUUUCCAUUUAAAGUAUGCAUAAUAUAUACAGAACUUUUAAUUCAAGGAAGUACCAAUUUAUAUGGUGAAUCCUAAAAAAUAAUAUGAACUAUAAUACGACAACACAAGUAAUGGCUGGCGAGGAACUACUGUUUUGGUGUUACAAAUUCAAAUCUUCCUUUACUAUCCUAUAAUGUUCCAUUAUUAUUACAGAUUUUAUAAAUAAUCUCAAAUAAUAACCAAUGAGUGUUCAAUCAAGUGGGCCACUAUCUUGUACAGAGGAGGAAAAUGUAACUAGUUGCACAGGGCCACAGAAAAAUGUCAAUGCAGUGUUCCCUCUUUUUCAACAGAGAUGAAACAAUUUCACAUUUUUAUCUCACUAUGUUUAUUUAAAGUACAUAGAUAUGAGCUUAAUCUAAGAUUUUACACAUAUUAUCUUACAUUUUCUUUUUGUUCACAUUUCAGUCACAGGGUAUUUUGAACAUUCUGUUUAGUGACGUACGAACACAGACCGUAAUGUCCAUAGGGACUCCGCUGUUUGCUAUAGGAAUGGAUAUAUCAGGAGUACUGGCAUCAAACUCAGCAACUUGUUUAUUACAAAAUAUUAUACAAAGACUUCUAAAAAUAGUCACCAGGGUUUGUUAAACAUUUCCUACACUCUUUAUAAGAUGUUACACCACCAUACCCCAUAAAACUUCUUUCUUAAUUAUAACCUAGCACCUGAAAUGGGGAUAACAUAUGUACAAAAGGCAGUCCUGCAUUGGCUUACACAAAUGGAAUUCUACAUUUAAUUAUUUCCAAAAAUUGAAAGGAAAUUCAAAGGAAAUACACUUAUUAUAAAAUUAAUCCUGACUCAUAACUAUAUUUCUGUGUAUCAAUUUUCUGUUAAUGGUAAGCUAUGUCAUUAAGAUGUUAUUUUUACUGUAAUGAUAAAAUAAAAUACAAACAAUGUGAUUACA